AUGGUCACUACCGACCCAAAGCACCCGGUCUGCCUCCCAAUCGAUACAUCUGAUGGGGCGUUUGACAGCAAAGGGACCAACUCGGACUACUCCAGCUCCAGCCCUCUAUCGGUAUUGGCUGAUGUCAACGAACAGCCAAAGAAAUCAUGGCGUUCAACCAUCUGGGACACUCUCGACAAGCCCAAGGAAGAGCGCCGCUUUCUGUUCAAGCUAGAUGCUGUCAUUCUCACCAUGGCCUCGUUAGGCUACUUUAUCAAGAAUCUGGAUCAGAUCAACAUUACGAGCGCCUUUGUUUCUGGCAUGAAGGAGGACUUGGGCCUGCAUGGCAACGAGCUCAACUACAUGAUCACAUGUUGGACGGUCGGCUAUGUUAUUGGAGAGAUCCCAAGCAACAUGCUCCUCACUCGCAUCAGACCCUCCAUCUGGAUCCCAACAUGUGAGGUGAUCUGGUCCGUCCUCACCAUCCUCCUCGCGAAAUGCACGUCGGCAACCCAAAUCUACGUCCUGCGCUUCUUCAUCGGGCUGGCCGAGUCCGCCUUCUACCCGGGCAUGCAAUACGUCAUCGGAUCAUGGUACCGCAAGGACGAACUGGCAAAGCGCAGCUGCAUCUUCCACGCCAGCGGCAACAUUGGCGGCAUGUUCUCGGGCUACCUGAUGGCAGCCGCCUACACCCUGAACGACACCAACGGGUUCCGCGGGUGGCAGUGGCUCUUCAUCAUCAACACGGUCGUGUCGCUCCCCAUCGCCAUCGCCGGCUACUUUUUCUUCCCCGACGUGCCGGAGAUCACCAAGGCGUGGUGGCUCACCGAGGCGGAGAUCGACAUUGCCCGCAAGAGGAUGGUGCUCGAGGGACGGGCGAACCGCGCCCCUUACACCAAGCAAAAGUUCAAAAAGAUCUUUUCGUCCUGGCACAUCUACCUGCUUCCCCUCCUCUACAUCCUGUUCAACAACGGCGGCGGCUACGGCGGGCAGCCGGUGUUUGCGCUCUGGCUCAAGUCGGAAGGCUACGGGAUCGUCGCCAUCAACUCGUACCCGACCAUCGCGGCCGCCAUCGCCGUCGUCAUGACGCUCGCGUACGCCUGGACCUCGGACACCGUCUUUCGCGGUGCGCGGUGGCCGCCCAUCGUGUUUGCGGGCUGCUUCAAGAUCGUGACCGAGACCAGCCUGGCGGUCUGGAGCAUACCGGUGGGGUGGAAGUGGUUCUGCUUCAUCUUUGGCAGCGUGUCGAGCGGCAUCUCGGGCCUGACCUUUGCGUGGGCGCACGAGAUCUGCAGCGACGACAACGAGGAGAGGGCGCUGGUCGUGGCGACCAUGAACCAGAUGGCGUACGUGGUGCAGGCUUGGCUGCCGCUGCUCAUUUGGCAGCAGGUCGACCAGCCGCGGUACCAGAAGGGUUUCAUCACCAUGGUUUUCAUCGCGGCGGGUAUGAUUGCUACGGCGUUUGCCAUCCGUCUCCUGCACCAUCGUGAAAGGGCCAGGAAGGCCAAGGAGGCGGAGCAGGGGUCCAGCUGA